AUGGGGUCACUCGAAGCUGGACAUCGACACAGGGAACAUCUUCCCGCUAUCGGUUUCCUAAGCAAGGACGGAGCUGGGUAUCCUCCGAAACACCCCGCCGUUGCAAGAGGCUCUAUCACAUCCCCCACGCCCCUCCUUAGCCCAACAACAAUGUACCCAAACCAACCUCCCCCUUAUUCUUACUCGACAACCCCUGCAAGUGUAGGAACUGGGUACAUCUCUCCUCCAGAUUCGCGACGCGCCCUCGAAGAUGAUAAAGAAAAACAACCACCUCGACAGUCACUUCCCUCUAUUCAUGAAGCGCUAGGAAACGAUAAUCCUUUACCAUACCCUCCCCCACCAACCUCCGCGCCCCCUCAACAAUCACACAGCGCACCACCUCCGCAUUCGCUCCCUCCAAGCCUUGUCGGUCGCCCUGGUGGCGAAGGUCCAUCGGGCCCUCCCAACCCAUUUUCGAACGGAGUACCGACAGGCUCGUUCCUGCGGGAAUCUGCCCUCUCACAUCAGUCACAACUCCAAACGGAAGCAUCACGAUCAAGCUUGGCAUCCCUCAAUACACACGACUCCAGGAAUCCUUCACUUCAAUCCCUUAGCUCGGGGAAGUCGCCUACACAAAGUGCGAAGACUGGGAUUACUUCUCUAUCUGGGUCGCAGGCUGGCUCCGGAUAUGAUUACAAUGCUCCUACGUCCGCGGGUAGUGUCGCCUCGCCAAACGGUUAUGGUGCUUAUUCGCAGCCAUUUUCGUUUCAAUCACAACCUCCUCCAGGCGCGCCGGCAUACCCAGCUACGUCUUUCGACUCGCGGCCUUAUGUAGGUACUCGCGUCGAUGAAGUUAAAGGUGGAAUUGGCCGCUCUGUUCCUGGACAGCCUCAAAACGACUCUAUGAAGCGCCAUUUGGAUGUCUACGAUGUAGAAACGUCACUAAAUGAGAUUGCGGAUAUGAGCACCCGAACUCUGGAUUUUUCACGACACUACGCUGCGAGAGCGCACCAAACUCAGCGUUCCGGGCCUGUAUUGGGAUCUUUGCCAUCUCUCCAGGAAGUGGAAGAGAUGCUUAAUAUUCAGCGGCGAAAUCAGGAUGCUCUGAUGCGCAUUCGUACCGCGGUCCUGAACCAGGAGCAUGCUCUAGCCGAGCAAAUGGCCCAAAGAAAGGCCUUCAAGCCUGCGGGAGCCCAUGAGGAUGACCAUAUGGCGAUGUACCAAGAGGAGUUUAAGGGCAGUGGCGGAUUUGCAGGCCCAGAUCCGAAGAAAAGACGUGGGAAAGCUGCCCCUCCUGGUCGUUGCCACAGUUGCAACCGAGCCGAAACACCUGAAUGGCGGCGGGGUCCUGAUGGUGCCCGUACCCUGUGCAAUGCGUGUGGUUUGCAUUAUGCCAAGUUGACGCGCAAGAUGGGUGCCAACAAGGCGGCUGCCCUUGGUUCCAACCUCAAGCCUAAGACGGCCCUUGACUCUGCGUCGCCAGGGAGUCAUUAA